AUGAAAAAACCAAUUUUGACCCGAGGGUCUGCCGAUCCCCCGGAGAGACGAAAAAAGCAACAAAUAAUUCAACAACUCAAGUUGAAUUAUGGUUUAUUCUUGGAUGGACGUAGCAUAAGAUCAAGUAACGAAGCUAUUUUUGUUGAUGGCGAUUUAAAAAUAAAAUUUUUUAGAGGGGAGCCUAUUGUUUACACUAAUGUAAACGAUCCAAAGUCACUUACAAAUUUGCUCUCAUUCAACAAUGAAAUCAACCUUUCACAUUUACAACAUUUCGACGUUUGUCUUAAUUUUCCAAUUGCUGAAUUCUCUUAUAAAGGUGAAUUGUUGAAAACGUUUUCAAAAUGUACAAAUGGUGACGACGAACAAGCAUAUGGACAUUACUUUGCAAGGAAAGUUUUGGUUGGCGGUAAAUUAUUUAUCAAGAAUUUAAAUACGGCAAGUCCAAUACAAAUUGAUCUAGUACGGUCACUCUUAUCAUGGAUAUAUAACUCUGCUAAAUAUAAAUUAGAAAAUCCGUUAAACGAUGUAUCUGAAUGGGAUUAUUUUCCAGAGAUAGAAACUUCAAAUGGACUAGAGAUAAAAACUCUGAAAGAUUUGACAAUUUGGAUGCAUAACCUAUUUCAAAAGAAUAUGUUUGAUAUAGUUUCUUAUAAUGAUAUCGUUCCCGUUUCUCAACUAAGACAAUCAAUUGAUGUCUCGGAAACUUCCAAGGAAAUACAACCCGGAGUUUAUAAUUAUGAGAACAAAUCAGGCUUUAAAGAGUGGGUCGGUGAUGCAGUGUACGUUAAUUUAACGAGAUGGGUUAAAGAUUUUCACCUACGUCAAGGGUUAAUAUUUAACAAGCACUUUGAAAUCGAUAUUAGCAAGGAAUUCGCCGUUAAUUUCAAAAAGAUGCCUGAAAUCAAGUCGCUUGAUAAAUGUCAUAUGAAAAUGAUAAAACCGACAACAAAUUUAGAAGAAUUUUUGAUAACAAAUAAUAUUUCCUCGGAUACAGAUAUGAAUUCCUCUCCAUUUAUUAACAAAUAUACUAAAGCUGAUAAUUUUAACAACAAAGAUUAUAUUCAUUUGGUAGUCAAGUAUGAACGAUAUGAAAUUAUUGUACCUAUGGCUUGCAUUAUUCCCUCAGAAAACCUUAAUCAAUAUAUAGAAAGGUCACUUAAUAGCAUGGAGCCAUUUAAAGCCUUACAAGACACAUUUGACAAAUUUGGACAUUUAUUUCCACAAAGGAUUGUCUUGGGAAGAUCACUCAAGAAUAUUUUACCCGAUAUUUCUUUUAACAAUACUGAAAAUGUUGAUCUAGGAUCAUUAACAUUUGACAAUUUAAACUCACGUUUAAAUGUAAAUGUUUCAUACCUGUUGACGCAAGGUGGUGAUAUUAUCGAUACCGAUGGCGAAUUAUCUAGUUGGAUUCAAGAUAUCCAUACCAAACUUGAAAUUAUUGAACUUGAUCAAACAAUUUCCUUACACAAAAUUCUUUGCGCUGAGCGACAGAAAGAGAUAGAUAUUCUAUUAAAUAAGGAAAUUGACAAAAUUAUAAUGACCGGAAUUUCUGAUUUGAAAGAUUUAGACGGUAACAAUACCGAACACUACAAACGUAUAAAUAUAGAACCGAUAUUGAAUGAUAAAGAUUAUAAAGUAUUUGGAUCAAUAGUUUCAGGAGGCAAAAAGAUAGAUGAUUAUUUAGUAAAAUUUAGAUUCUAUGACGCCAAUGGAUUUUCCGCAAUGAUAAGAACUUCACGAAAAUCAAAGAUCGAUGUUAGAGAUUGUUUUAUUUUAUGGAUGAUAGUCGGGAAUCCUUUGAAAUUAUCGGUUUUUAGCCCAAAUAAUCGAGAAAUUCAAGUCGAACGUAUUAAAAAAUCCAUUAAUUAUCAACCAUACAAAUCUAUGUAUGAUGUUGAAACUCGUUUUCCUUUAUCUCAUGGAUGUAGUAUCCUCGUUAAUGCAUACCAUCCAUCAACAACUUUUGAUAUUAAGCUAUUAAAAUGGUCAAAGAAUUAUAUCACGUUUCAAAUAAAUGAAUCAAUGUAUAAUAAUAAUCAAAUUUUGAAAAGUUCAAAUUCAAAUAUAAUUUCCGAUAGUGACUCUGACUCUCAACAUGAGGAAGAUAACGACACAACCGUCGAUAUAGAUUUAGAUAUUUGUAUAUUACGUUCAGGUUACGGAAGUUUAAAGAUUGAUCAUGUGAAGAUAGAAUAUCCUUUGGAAUUAUUUGGACAUACUUUACCACUUGAUGAUUCUAGGUCAAUUAAGGAUCGAAUGAUGAAAUGCAUAAACGAUAUAAUUGCACCUUUCAUGCCUCUCGUAACUACUAUAACGAAAUUAACAAAAGACAUAGCGGAUGCAUAUGAGAAUGUUCAAUAUAACAAAAAAACUUGCGGGGCAUUAGUCACGAGAGUUGAGGCUGUAGAAGUUACAAUUAGAGGGUUGAUAAGACAAAGGGAGGAUAACUUGUAUAAGUUUUGUAAUCAGAAUUAUUAUAAUGCCUUUUCUAAAUUGACAAAUUGCCUAAAACAAAUUAAAGAAUUUUCUAGUGAUAUUUCCCAAUUAUCGAAAUUUAAAAAAUUUGUCUCAAGUGAGAACAUUAAAGAAACGUUUGAGAAGAUUAUAAAAGACUUUGAUAAUUAUUCGAUUCAUUUAAAUUUGGCCCGAUCUAUUACAAAUGAACAAUUGAUUUCAAUUUUAAGUUCUGAUAUUAUCGAAAUGAAGAAAUUUCUAGACAAUAUUGAAGGUG